UUAAAAAUAAAAAUGUCUGCUGAGGAUAAAAUUUGUGAAAAUAUAUUUAAAUAUAUCGAAUCAAACAAAAAUUUAUGGAUUGAACGUUUACGUGAGGCUGUUGCAAUUCCAAGUGUUUCUGCAACUGCUGAACACCGACAGGAUGUCUUUAAAAUGAUUGAAUGGACUGAAAAAAUGAUGACAAAACUUGGAAUUUCUUGUAAACAAAUAGAAAACAGUACCCAAACAUUGCCUGACGGAACAACAAUUCCCCUUCCUCCAGUUCUUUUUGGGACUUUGGGGAAGGACAAAAAUAAGAAGACUUUGCUUAUUUAUGGACAUUUGGAUGUUCAACCAGCCAAUUUUGAUGACGGAUGGAAUACCGAACCUUUUAAAUUAACCGAAAUUGAUGGGAAAUUAUUUGGACGAGGUUCUACAGACGAUAAGGGUCCAGUACUUGGAUGGCUUAAUGUUAUUGAAAGUUUACAAAAAUUGGGAAUUGAAAUUCCGAUUAAUUUAAAAUUUUGUUUUGAAGGAAUGGAGGAAAGUGGCUCUUUGGGAUUAGACACAAUUUUAAAUAAAUAUAAAAAAGAAUUUUUGGAAGAUGUUGACUUUACUUGUAUUUCUGAUAAUUAUUGGCUUGGAAAGGAAAAACCUUGUAUUACUUAUGGACUUAGAGGAAUCUGUUCCUAUCAAGUAGAGGUUACUUCUCCAAAACAAGAUUUACAUUCUGGGACUUAUGGAGGGGCAAUACACGAACCAAUGAUUGAUCUUUGCUGGAUUUUGAGUCAAUUAACUGACAAUAAUGGCAAUAUUCUUAUAAGUGGAUUGGAUAAAAUGGUGGCAGAAUUGACAAAAGAAGAGUCUGAGCUUUAUGACAAGAUUACAUCAUUUGACAUGGAGGCAUUUCAAAAGGAUAUUGGAGUUGGCAAGUUAACUUCAACAAAUCCAAAAGAAAUUUUAAUGCGUAGAUGGCGUCAACCUUCACUUUCUGUUCACGGUAUUGAGGGGGCUUUUUAUGGGAAAGGAACAAAAACUGUUAUACCGGCUAAGGUUAUUGGCAAAUUCAGCAUUCGACUCGUGCCAGAUAUGUUUCCAGCUGAAGUUGAUAAAGUUGUUAUCGCUCAUUUGACUAAAAUCUUUGCUGAAAGAAAUACUGCCAACAAAAUUAGAGUAAUUCCUAGCGGCGGUGCUUUGGCUUGGUUGGGUGAUUUUAGACAUGCACAUUAUAAAGCUGGGGCAAAUGCUGUUAAAAAAGUUUAUGGAGUUGAGCCUGACUUUACUAGAGAAGGUGGAAGUAUUCCUGUUACUUUGACAUUCCAAAAUAUUACUGGAAAAAAUGUUAUGCUUUUGCCUAUGGGACGUUCUGAUGAUAUGGCACAUUCACAGUUGGAUGUCUACAAUUACAUAAAUGGAAUGAAAAUGUUUGCGGCUUAUUUCUUUGAAUGCGCGAAGAUUUAAAUAAAUAAAUUAUUUUAAAUUAUAGAAGAUAUUUUUAAAGAUUAACAUAAGAGUAUAUUUAUAAUUUAAUUUCGUAAAAUCUUUAUUUAAUUUUAAAAUUCUAAGAGUUUUUUAUUUUCAGGUGUAGCUGCUUAUCACUUUUAAGUGGUGGCUUGUGCAAAGUACAAAUUGGAAAUGAAUAUUUGUACUGUUUUUAUAAAUAUUGACAAAACAUGGGAGAAUCUUUUGCAGGUUUGUUUCAGAAAAUAUAAUCCAUAAUUCGGACACACAAUUUGGUAGCCGAUUAAUCUACACCUUAAAACAAAAUCUCGUUUAUAAAUUUUAAGAAUGCUCACUUUAGAGCUAACCCAUCUGCCGUACGCUCAUGAUUGAGCGAUUUAUCCACAUACUCCAACCUUCUUUCCAAAAACCUGUUUCUAUUUUCACUAUCAACAUCCUGGAGUAAUAUUAUAUUAGCCGUUUCAAGGUGAAGUUCUGCAAAGAACAGGGGUGUGCCUUUUCGUCUUUCGCUUUUAAAAAUCUGUUUCGGCACACAUUUUGAAUAGACAAACUAAAAGAAUCCUUGAGUUGUAUUUUGCACUUAUUUUUUUAAAUUUUGACAAUCGAAAUUUUUUGGCUUGCUUGUGGACAUGCUUGCUACAUAUGUAGUUUCUAGCAGGGGUGUGCCGAAACAGAUUUUUAAAAGCGAAAGACGAAAAGGCACACCCCUGUUCUUUGCAGAACUUCACCUUGAAACGGCUAAUAUAAUAUUACUACAGGAUGUUGAUAGUGAAAAUAGAAACAGGUUUUUGGAAAGAAGGUUGGAGUAUGUGGAUAAAUCGCUCAAUCAUGAGCGUACGGCGGAUGGGUUAGCU